AUGACCUCCGACGUGCCGGUGUCGCAUACAAACGUCGUCUCGGAAUCACCACAAGCAGUCUCUUCACGCAACGCAAUGGCUCCCAAAAGAGUUCUGAUCACUUACGGCGUCGAUGUCGACGCUGUUGCUGGGUGGCUUGGGUCUUAUGGGGGCGAAGAUUCAACCAACGAUAUCAGCCGAGGAUAUUGGGCCGGUACUGUGGGAACCCGGCGACUACUGAAGCUUUUCGACAAGUAUGAUAUCAAGACCACGUGGUUCAUCCCGGGCCAUUCUCUAGAGACCUUCCCAGAGGACAUGGCCGCGGUACGUGAUGCCGGCCACGAGAUUGGACUUCACGGCUAUUCGCAUGAGAAUCCCACAGAUAUGAGCAUUGAACAGCAACGAGAUGUUCUCGACAAGACGUACCGUAUGUUGACCGAAUUCGCCGGAAAGCCACCCCGCGGAAGCGUCGCGCCUUGGUGGGAGACCAGCAAAGAAGGAGCCCAAUUGCUCCUCGACUAUGGCAUCGAGUAUGAUCACAGCAUGAGCCAUGAGGACUGCCAAGCAUACUAUCUCCGUACUGGAGACACCUGGACCAAGAUCGACUACACUCAAAAGGCAGAGACCUGGAUGAAGCCCCUCGAACAUGGUACCCAGACGGGCCUGGUGGAGAUUCCGUCUAAUUGGUACAUCGACGACCUGCCACCGAUGAUGUUUAUCAAGAACGCAUCCAACAGUCAUGGGUUUGUGAAUGCCCGUGACGUGGAGGAUAUCUGGCGUGAUCAUUUCGACUACUUCUACCGCGAGUAUGAUGAGUUUAUCUUUCCAAUCACCAUUCACCCAGACGUGUCGGGACGACCACAUGUCCUUUUGAUGCAUGAGCGACUCAUUGAGCAUUUCAAGAAGCACGAAGGGGUCGAAUUUGUGACUAUGGAGCAGGUUUGUGAUGAGUUUAAAAAGAAGAACCCCGUUCCGGACGGUGCAUUGAUGCCCGCCCCGGUUGGACAUGUUCUUAAGAAGUAG